AUGGAAGAUAAAGCUAGAUUUCAGAAAGCGUUUGUUGGCAAGGUUACUAUUCUGGGUUCUGCAUAUAAGGUACAAACAUAUCUCGAGAUAGAGGGCUAUUUCGGGGUCAAGGUUACACAUUUGGGAGCGAAUUUGUGUUUUCUCGAGGAAUCAGAGGAAUGGGUUAUUGAAGAUUUGAUAGGGGAGGGAGAAACUUGGUGGAAACAAUGGUUUUCGGAGGUUAGGAGGUGGAACGAGGAGGAUGUGAAUAAUGGAAGACUUGCUUGA